AUGGCUGCCGACGACGGCGGAGGAUGCGUCAAUGGAAACGCCGCGAAGAAGAAGGGGCCACUGUCCGUUCCCGAAUUCGAGUUUGUGUUGAUGGGAUCGGACGGCGCUCUCAACAAGAAAGGUAUCAGCCAGAUCCGCGCCCAUACUACCCGCGAACUGCAUAAGACUAGGCGCGAAAAUGGCCAGCCUCUUGCACGUCGCCGGCGUAAUCGUCCUGGGAUCACCUUCUAUGGUUCCCAGAUGGAUCCUUUUCAUAGCCUUCCACAGCUCCCCAUGGAAGAGCAGCACCCCGGCAUCCUGGAUCAAGUCAAACACAAUGUCUUCAUUGUCUACAACCAAAAAGAAAUGCAACAGACAAUUUGGCCCGAGGGGACCAAGAACUGUACAUUCUUUACAGCAAUGUUACUGAUGUGCUCUGUCCAUCUGGACGGCUUGACGACCGGGUCAAGUUCCGCCACGACGAGGGCGUUGAAGGUGGAAGCUAUGCGUCUUGUCCGUGAGAGCGUUCAGGAUGCAUCUCGAGCUGCGAUAAUCACCUCCAUUUCUGCUAUCGCCUGCCUGGCUACGUGCGCUCUAGUCCGGGGAGAGCUGGCAGGCGCCGAAGAAUAUCUGAUGCAUCGCAAUGCAUACGCUGUCCUCAUCCAAGAAGCCGUCAGACUGAAGAUGUUUGAAGAUUCCAGGUUUUGCAAGGACAUCCUCAGGGUCAUCACUGUCAUUGCUGUCGCAAGACGAUGUGGUAUACCAACCUCUGGGCUGGCACCGCGAGCGGAUUCACGUACGCUGCUCAGAGAGUACGAGCGUGUUUUCGAAGACAGAUGGCGCUCACGUACCCAUCCCGAACCGGAGCUAUACUCGCCUCUCUACGACGGGAGGCAAGACCUAAGUGAAGACCCGUUUCCGUUCGUGGAUGGAGAACACCUUCGGCUUCUCCUGCAGAUGACUCAAUCGACGAUCAAAAUAUGGAUGCGCCUCAGGACAUCGCCUGCAGCACAACAAGCGCCACUAAACAGCCUCAUCCUGAAGUCGCUGCACCAGCGCAUAUUCAACAUGCCAUGCUCGGCAGUGCCUGACCUGCCAUCCUCGAAUGACCAUGUCUACGAAGCAUGCAGACUGACCUCACUGCUCCUCAUUCGAGCUGUGGACAACCAUCGACACUGGCGCUCCGAAGCCGUCGGCACAUCAAUCCUGCAGAGGAUCCGCUGCGCUCUCCAGAAAACAGAUCUGGACGCGUUCUGGGGAAAGAACAUCGGGCUCCUCUACUUUGUGGUACUAGUGUUCCACAGCGCAGCGUUUGGCACACCCGAUUACCUUUUCGGACACGCUCUCCUAGGAAGAAUUCACUUUCAGCUGACGUAUUCGUACAACGACUGGCAUGGCGCAUUGCUCCCGAUGGCGGUUCUCAACAACCUAAUGCCGGCCACGAAGCCAUCGGUGUCGGAAGAGCCUGAGGCACUUGAGUUGACGGCAGGGUACAGCACUAUUCUGUCUGACAUGCAGACAGUGGUAGGAUCCAGUUUUCCUUUACCAUUGCAAGACAUCCAGAGCCAUGGAUGA